UUGUUGCUGGUAAGUAUUACGCGGGAUCUCCAGUUAAUCCAAAAUCUACUGUCCCGAGCUAUCACACCAAUUCUUCGCCUCCAGAGCUUCUGUAAUAAUUCUCAUUCAUCGUGUCUUUCUACAACCAUUGAAGCUGCUGCCGAAACCCAAAUUCCUCAUUCAAAAAUAUUCUUAAUCAAUUAUGAAGAGAUUGAUGGAAUUCAACCAUACGGCACAUUGUUGAUCGAGAGUUCGAGCCUAUAG